GAGAGAGAGAGAGAGAGAGAGAGAGAGAGAGAGAGAGAGAGAGCGAGCGAGAGACGCGCGAGCAUCAAGUCCCCAUUCCACGAACCACCAACCAUCCUUUUACUCUAAGCCCCCCAGUGCCACUAUAGGAGACCCUAAAGCUCCAUAAUAAUGGAUGGAACAAAGCCGGCCAUGGACUCCAACGCGGAGGAGACUCAAGAUGAAGGGCAGGAAAGCAAAGCCUGGAAACCACAAAAAUUCCCCAUCUACUCUGAAGAAACACUUACAGGAUGCUUCGAGUGCUGCAUCAAGUGUCUGGGCGGGGUGCCCUACGCUUCCCUGGUGGCCACCAUCCUCUGCUUCUCCGGCGUGGCCCUGUUCUGUGGCUGCGGCCACGUAGCGCUCACCGGCACCCUGACCAUGCUGGAGAACCACUUCUCUAGGAUCACCAGCGACCACGCCAACCUCACCAUGGUAAUUCAGAUCUUUCAGUACAUCAUCUAUGGCAUUGCCUCCUUCUUCUUUGUCUACGCCAUCAUCCUGCUGGGUGAGGGCUUCUACACCACUAGCGCCAUCAAGAAGGAGCUGCAGAGUGACUUCAAGACCACCGUGUGCGGACGCUGUAUCACCGCCUUUUUCAUGUUCCUGACCUACAUCCUCGCCCUAGCCUUCCUUGCCAUCUUUGGCUUCACAGCCAUUCCGGUGUUCCUCUUUUUCAACAUGUGGAACACCUGUGCCGCCAUGAGGUCCCCGGACUCCAAUAUCACCUCGCCCGACUCCAUCUGUGUGGAUGUCAGGCAGUAUGGUAUCAUUCCCUGGAAUGCAACACCAGGAAAAGCUUGUGGUGCUACUCUGGGAGAUAUUUGUAACACCAGUGAGUUCUACCUGUCCUACCACCUCUACAUUGUUGCGUUUGCCGGUGCUGGAGCGACUGUCAUAGCACUGCUUCACUACCUGAUGAUUUUGUCAGCCAACUGGGCCUACCUGAAGAAUGUCGUCUCCACGCACGACUAUCAGGACAUCAAGACUAAGGAUGACCAAGACCUGGAGGCAGAGGCACGCUCCAAGGAGGGCCAGAACUCGUCCUCCUACUCAUAAGCAUCAGCGACCCGGCUUCCUCCAGCACGUCCCAUUUCUCUCCCCACCCCUCACACCUUAAACCACCACCCCACCCACCGUAGGACCCAUCAGGCUCCUUCAUGAAAAAAAUCAAAUAAAAUAACAACAGCAACAACAACAAAAAACACCCUAGUUGCAGUCAAAAACCCCACCAUCUCCUGAGUCUCUCUGCUCUUCCCUUCCGCCAUGUGGGUGGAGUGGGCGCGUUUUCCCACCAGAAGGGAACAGGAUUGAGGGUCAGGAGGAAGAGCAAACGCCCACGCCGCCCCCUCCGCCCC